AUGAUUACGAUCCCAUACCUUACCGCUGUAUCCACGUACUUCAGCUACGGCUUGCUCUUCGCCUUUGGCCAGCUUCGCGAUUACUCCCGCCUCAUCUUCGAUUGGUGGAGCACCAACAAUCUCCAGGGAUACGCGCCGAUCUGCUUGGCGCAUGAGGAUUUCUACAUCCGGCGAUUGUACCAUCGGAUUCAGGAUUGUUUUGGACGUCCCAUAGCGAGUGCACCUGAUGCUUGGGUUGAUGUGGUUGAGAGGUACUCCAAUGACAACAACAAAACGCUAAAGCGAACAACAAAGAGCAAAAGGUGUCUUAAUUUGGGGUCUUACAACUAUCUUGGAUUUGGUUCUUUUGACGAAUAUUGCACGCCUCGUGUUAUUGAGUCUUUGAAGAAAUUUUCAGCAAGUACAUGCAGCUCCCGCGUUGAUGCAGGAACUACAUCUGUACAUGCAGAACUUGAGGAAUGUGUUGCUAAUUAUGUGGGGAAACCUGCUGCCAUUGUCACUGGCAUGGGCUUCGCAACAAACUCAGCUAUCAUCCCUGUCUUGAUUGGAAAGGGAGGGUUGAUAAUAAGCGAUUCUUUGAACCAUACUUCAAUUGUCAAUGGUGCUCGAGGUUCGGGAGCCACUAUCCGCGUUUUCCAACACAACACACCUGCUCAUUUGGAAAGAGUAUUGAAAGAACAAAUCGCUGAGGGACAACCCAGGACACACAGACCCUGGAAGAAAAUUAUUGUUGUUGUUGAGGGUAUUUACAGCAUGGAAGGGGAAAUCUGUCAACUGCCUGAGAUUGUCUCUAUAUGCAAGAAAUAUAAGGCUUAUGUAUACUUGGAUGAAGCUCACAGCAUUGGAGCAAUUGGCAAAACAGGUAGGGGCGUUUGUGAACUCCUGGGAGUUGACCCUGCUGAUGUGGACAUAAUGAUGGGCACUUUCACGAAAUCUUUCGGCUCUUGUGGUGGCUAUAUUGCUGGAUCCAAGGACCUCAUCCAAUAUUUGAAGUACCAUUGUCCUGCUCACCUAUACGCAACAUCCAUUUCAACUCCUUCCGCACAACAAAUCAUAUCAGCCAUUAAAGUUAUCCUUGGAGAGGACGGUUCAAACAGAGGUGCACAAAAGUUAGCAAGGAUAAGGGAGAACAGCAACUUUUUCAGGGCCGAGUUGACGAAGAUGGGAUUUGAGGUUCUCGGAGACAACGAUUCCCCAGUCAUGCCAAUAAUGCUUUACAAUCCAGCAAAGAUCCCAGCCUUCUCAAGGGAAUGCUUGCGAGAAAACGUGGCUGUUGUGGUUGUCGGUUUCCCAGCUACACCUCUGUUGCUAGCCAGAGCUCGUAUUUGCAUAUCCGCAUCUCACUCGAGAGAAGAUCUUAUUAAAGCCCUACAGGUUAUAAGCAAAGCUGGUGACAUCACCGGAAUCAAAUAUUUCCCGGCAGCUCCAAAGAAGCAAGAAGAGAAUAAAGAUAGCAUCAAACUGGAUUAA